CAUUGUCAAUGAUGGAUUGUUCAGAGGAGGUUCAGUGUGUGUCUGAGGAGCCCAGCGCUCAAAUGGAGCUAAAAAAGGGAAUGUCGAUUUUCAUUGAUAUUUUGCGGCGAGCUGAUAAAAAUGAUGAUGGGAAACUCUCCUUUGAUGAAUUCAAGGCCUACUUCUCUGAUGGAGUCUUGACAGCUGAGGAAUUGAAGGAGCUCUUCCACACAAUUGAUACUCAUAACACAGACAACGUGGACACUGAUGAACUCUGUGAGUAUUUCUCCCAGCACCUCGGUGAAUAUGAGAAUGUUCUCGCCGCCUUGGAAGACCUGAAUAUGUCCAUACUGAAGGCGAUGGACAAAACAAAGAAGGACUAUCAGGAGUCCACCCACCUGGAGCAGUUUGUGACCCGCUUCCUGCUGAAAGAGACAACCAAUCAGCUUCAUUCACUUCAAAGCUCGCUCGAGUGCGCCAUGGAAACCACUGCCGAGCAGACCCGCCAGGAGAAGCAGGGCCCGCUGAAGCCAGAGGUUCUGUCCAUCCAGUGGUCGGGUCGACGCUCCAAUCGGAGGCUUCAGAGGAACAGCAGCCUCUCUCCCAACAACCCUCUCCUCACCGAUGUUUGCUGCAGCUUCUGUGUGUCUCCACCAGGUGUUUAUGAUGAAGACAGCCAGUGGAUGGUCCAGGUCAACAGACUGCAGAAGCUUAUCGAUCGUCUAGAGCAAAAGGAGAUCCGUCUGGAGCCUGUUGAAGAGGAGGUCCUGGAGAGCAAAUCGGUUGGUCACAUCCUGAUAGUCCAGAGGCAGCUCUCGGUGCUGGAGGAGGAGCUGGAGGAGUUUCGCUUGGCUCUCAGACAGUACAUGGAGUGUGCCUGCGCCCAGACUGGAUGUCUACACAUCGCAGUUCAGCGGCUGGCAAAUGAAUCACGCUUCAUUCUCUAUGAAUUCUGGGAGCACAACAACGUGUGGAAGAAUCACCUGCAGACCAACUACAGUAAGACCUUCCAGAGGGGGAAUGUGGACUUCCUGGAAACUCCUGAGGCCAUAACCACCAUGUUGGUCCCUGCCUCAUGGUGGGUCCUCAACAACAACUGAAAGUGGACGAGCACCCUCCACAGAUCGUCGCUGAUGGAUGCAGAGAGCAAACAGCCACGUGUUAACACAAUAGGAAGUCCACACACGCACACACACGCACACACACACACACACACACAUGCACACAUACACACUGACUCAACACAACUGGUGAAGUCAUGGUGAUUAGUUUCGAUUU